GGUGUGAUGGCGUCGGUAGUCGGCUCUUGUGUCUCAAAAUUCAAACUAAAUAGAUGAGAAUAGUUCCUUAGUGCUGUAAUUUAAUUAGUUAUGUACGCCUUACAAUAGUGAUAAUAUUUUCUGUGAAAAUAUUAAUAAAUUUGUGAUAAUGGAAGGCAAAAGUACUGACUGGGUACGGGGGCCUAGCGGCCCUACUGUUUGCCGUUGUUGUUUUGCCGAGGGCUGUUAUAAAGACAUUUCUACCGAAUAUUUUUGGAUGGGGAAGAGAGAAGUUUACUCCGAGAUGCUGACAGAGACGUUCGACCUCAGUAUCGCCUUUGCCCAAACAUCGGGGCCUAACAGCAACAGCCGUCUUAUCUGCGAGCCCUGCAUAUCCCGGCUACGGGAUGCCUCAGAGUUCAAGCGGCAGGUGCAGGAGUGUGAGAAGAUGUUCAUGCAGUAUCUGGACCCGGGACGGACCACUGUUACUGAGCUGGAAAUGGAGGCCAUUCAAGAGCCAUUGGAGAAGGAGGUGAAGCUGGAACCGGUGAAGCUGGAGAAGAAUCACAGCGACGACGAUUUCGACGACCGGGGAGGCUUCGACGAUAUGGACGAAGAUGAUCUUGAUGACCAGCCGUUAACGAAACUCGCCAGCAAAGUGCCUAAAAAGGAAUCCGUAGACCUACUAGACCUCCUCGAUAACGCCAAAGCUGAAAAACGAAAAUCCUCCUCUAAAACUAAAUCCAGCCCCGCUAAGAAAGCUAAAACUAAGAAGGAGACCCCUAAGGCGACCGCUAGCAAACCUAAACCGGAGAAGAAAAAGAAAGGGCCCAGUAAGGAAAUAGCUGGACAUACUGAGAAAGAACGUAAAACGAAAAAGAGACUGUUCGAAAGAUCUGUUAACCAGAACCCGCAGCGGCAAAACGCUGUACUGAUACUUAGGUACUCUACAGCGUUCCCCUUUAAAACACGAUUUAAUAGAAUUGUUUGUUCGUACUGCCAUGACGAGUUUGAACCAAUGACGGCGUUGAGGUGUCACAUCAAAACCGACCACGUCAGCGCUGAUUACAACAGCGCCUUUUAUAAGGUGGUAGAUGACCUAAAAAUUGACAUAACAGAAUUCAAAUGUAACUUAUGUUCGCAAGAAAUGCCGAGCGUCGAUUUCUUUAUGAACCAUUUGUCCCGCGACCACGGCAAAACUGUCAACUUUGACGUUCCAUUUGGAGUAUUGCCUUACAAGCAGGGGCCGUCCGGGCUAUGGAUGUGUCUGGACUGCGACAAGACUUACUCUGAAUUCUCUCAAAUAAACGGACAUUUGCGCAGUCACGUGAAGAUAUUCACUUGCGACAAAUGCGGGGCGACUUUCCUCUCUGAGCACGGCUUGCGACAACAUGAGCGUAACUUUAAAUGCUACAAAGCCACUUAUAAACCCAGAUUCGGAAAAGCGCUAAAGCAUCGUAGCAACACUGAAAUUAUAUUGCAAUGUUCCACAGCGCGUCCGUUCAGAACGUGGGGACAGAACUUCAAUUGCGUCUACUGCCGCGUACAGUCCAACGAUCCUAAUGGUCUAAGAAUGCACAUGACAGCAAGACACGCCAAUACCAAUAUCCAACACGUAUUCAGUCGAAAACUGAGGAAAGAGUUUCUUAAAGUUGACAUCACUGAUCUUCAAUGCAAACUUUGCUAUUUACGAAUAGAGACCCUCGAUGAUCUUAUUGCUCAUCUCAAGAACGAUCACAAGCAACCUAUCAACGCUGACGUGCAGCCCGGAGUUUUACCUUUUAAAUUAAACGAUGGAUCUCAUUGGAAAUGCGCUAUUUGCACUUGUCAGUUCUCAGAUUUCAUCUCUCUAAAGAAGCACACCGCUGAGCAUUAUCAGAACUUCGUCUGCGACACAUGCGGUGAAGGAUUUAUCACAGAAUCAGCGCUAAUAGCACACACGAAGAUACCACACGAUAACAAAUACAGCUGCAGUCGUUGCGUAGCGACAUUCUCUAGUCUGGAAGAAAGAAACAUCCACAUCAAAACUCAGCAUACAACAUUGCCAUACAUGUGUGCACAUUGCAAAGAUAAGCCUCGCUUCGCAACAUGGGAGUUACGCAAGCGUCAUCUAAUGGAGUUCCAUAAUUAUAAGCCAGGUGCCGAAAUGUAUGAAUGCACUACUUGCCAUAUGACCUUCAAGACGAGGUCACAAAAAUAUCAUCACAACGUAAAAGCCCAUAGAACUAAGAAGGAGACAGAAUAUGGUUAUCCGUGUGGUAGUUGUUCUAGAGCCUUCGCGACUAAAUUGUCCCUUGAUAAGCAUAUCGCUAAGAAACAUUUUCAUGUCUGAUGUUUAUAAACCUUAGUAAAGUUUGUAUUUUGUACUUAAAAGAUAUUGAUCGAAGGUAAAUAAUAAGUUACCAAACGUAACGUUAAAAUUAUAAUGAUGUCGGCAAAAGCAUAUGACAAAUAAUAUCCUUAGAAUCUCUUAGCCUACAGUUGACAUUUAAACGGAUCUUUCAAAAUAUUUACUUUUCAUUCGAGCUGCAAAGACGUCCUUUUAUAGACCAAACAAUAUCAGUAAGAAUUACUAAUUGACAGUGUAGUAAUUGAAACAAAAAUGAAAUAGUAACACAAAUUGGGAUGGAACAAAGGGCAGUAAUAUUAUUCUGACGAGUCUAUAGAAAAUAAACCCUGGGUGAGGUUAUCACUGUUCUAAUUCCAUAAAACAUUGAUUUUAAAUAGUAAAACUACAUUUUAUUGAUUUUUAUGAUUUGGGCUGCAUGGCGAGACGAUGUAACCGGAAUAUUUGCGCGAUUAGUAUUAGAAUGUUUAACUUAGAGUCGGAGUAAUCUGACAGGCCUGUAGUGAUUUUAUUGAUAAUUCGAGGACUCUGAUCUCGGAAAUGAUAUUUAUAGUACAUAACUACUUCGAUGUUUUUGAAUAGUACUGUUUGUACAUAGAUUUUAGUAGAUACUCUUAUUGUAUAGCAAACUAAGGAACUUAAUUAUGUGUAAGAUCUAUGUAAAUGCUCCUUUUAAUAUUAAAUACUUAUGAAUUAUGAUAUGAACGACAUCACUAAUGCAGUAUUUCAAUGUUGAAACAAAACAUAAAAGGUUUAUUUUUCUAGUGUACGCACAAAUAACCAAGUUUCCUAAAAAUUCGUGAAGUAUUUAUUAAAGUUAUAGAAAAUUAAAUUAUGUAGAUGCCUAUGUACUUAUUGUAUGUAAUUAAUGAAAAUGGUAUCAUAAUUAUUAUUAAAUAAUUAUUAUUUUACAUUAAUUGUAUCAUUGCCACUAAUAAAAAUUAAAAAUAUAA